ACACUUGCUCCAGAUGCAACAAAAAACAAGAAACUCAACUACACAUUUGGUCAUGCUCCUCCUCACAACCUCUUCUUCAGGACAUCAUUACUGAAUUCAUCGACAAACUCUCUACCAAGCUCAUUAAACAAACAAAAAAAGAAAAAAUUAUUACUGAUAUCGACAACACACAACACUCAACACAAGUCAAAGCUUUCUGCAAGUCAGCACAUUUUCUCUCUACUGAUUUCAACAACUCAGCUAAUCUUCAACUCAACAUUACUCAUCUGAUAUACGGAUUUGUUCCAGAUAAUCUCAUUACUUUCAUUAAAAAAUUUCAGUUUAAUCAAAAAACAGCCACAUCCAUAGCUCACAAAUUGACAUACUGGUUCGCCUUACAAGUCAAAAUCAAAAUUUGGAAUGCCAGAUGCACAACACAAAUCAACGCUGACAAACAUAAUAACAUACUAAAAAAACACAAAAUCAAUACCACUAACAGAUCUGGUCGCCCUGUUAACAGCAGCUCACAUUACACCUCACUAUACAAAAAAUUUUCCAAUCCAUUUCUAUGCGAUUGUGAAUUUCUUCCAGAAGAACAUAUUAACGGCAAUUGCCCUCCUGCAUUCACACCUAUUCUAUAUAGCAAUACUAACAUUAUCAAUAUCAUCAAAUUGAAAACUUUAAGCAACAAUUUGGUGGACAACCUCAGCUUUGUGUAG